AUAAGGAAGGACAGAGGACUUUGGUCCGAGACGCUGGUUUGAAGCAGUACGUAACGUGUGUCCUCUGACUGCGACGAGGAGAGACGACCAGCGGACUUCACUAAAGGUGCUGUGACAUCAUUAAGGGGUGCUGUGACAUCAUCAUCGGCCAUGGAGGGGAGGAGUGUUCUGAGGCGUGCCCAAUCUCUACGGAGCGUCUCUAUGGGUGACGGAGACAAGCCUGCCUGGGCGGAGGCGGGGUUUAGAGACAGGAUGAAGUCCAUCUCCGUAUCUCAGAUGUUGACCAGAUACCAAGCCAGCCCUUCAGUAGAGGUCCCUACCCUGAACCAUGUGGAGCACAAGACUGAGCAGAUAACCAAGCAUCAGACCUCCUUCUCAACCGUCCGCGAGAAAACAAGGAGACAACUGGCAGAGAGCGCACAGGAGCUGGAGUCCCUGAUGACAAACAACGGAGUGAGAGAGAAGACCAGGAUCCAGCCCAGUGUGUCAGAAGUGAGAGAGAAGACCAGGAUCCAGCCCAGUGUGUCAGAAGUGAGAGAGAAGACCAGGAUCCAGCCCAGUGUGUCAGAAGUGAGAGAGAAGACCAGGAUCCAGCCCAGUGUGUCAGAAGUGAGAGAGAAGACCAGGAUCCAGCCCAGUGUGUCAGAAGUGAGAGAGAAGACCAGGAUCCAGCCCAGUGUGUCAGAAGUGAGAGAGAAGACCAGGAUCCAGCCCAGUGUGUCAGAAGUGAGAGAGAAGACCCGUGGGUCAACUAGCCUGUUAGGAAAGACGUCCCAGGGGUCGGCCAGCCUGUCAGGGGAGAAGUCCCAGAGGUCGACCAGUCUCUCCCGCAGUAAGUCCAUGUCCAGUCUCCCUGGCCCCUCUCCCAGAGUCGACCCGGCCGGGAGUAUCGGAGCCCUGAAGGCUCUCUUCGAGUCAAAGGUCACCAAGGAGAAGGUGAAGAGCAUCAUGGGAGCUGUAGGCCAAACACCAUCACGUCCCAAGAUGGCAGCUGCGGCCCCAGCCUUCAACGGGUUGGUGGAGGAGAGAAAGGGCCCUAUAGAGGAGAAAGCCGUACCUUCACCUGCACCUGCAUCCCCGGCUAGAGAGGAGGUCACUACACAGGUUGGGAGAAUGACGCGCUCAGAGAGGAGAAAGACCAUCAGUGGUAUCACUACAGCAUCUCAGGAUGAUGACAAGAGGAAGUCGAUCUCAGACCUCAGUGACGCCGGUUCCUCCUCCUUCAGCCCAGAGAGGGAGAAACCGUCCGCUUCUGUCUCUGUCAGAGUCAUAUCUGCUCUCUAUCUGUCCAAGGUAGCAGCUGCAGAGUCAACGGCUCAAGAUCCAUCCUCUCCAACCAAGAGAGGAGUGAAACCCUCCAAGUUCCUGCCAUGUAAACAGGACGUGUGUUCAUCCUGUCUGAAGCCAGUCUACCCUAUGGAGAAAAUGGCCGCUGAUAAAUUCAUAUUUCACAAGAACUGUUUCUGCUGUAAACACUGUCAGAAGAAGCUCAGCAUGCACAGCUAUGCUCCACUGUACGGGGAGUUCUACUGUGUAUUCCACUACCAGCAGCUGUUCAGGAGGAAAGGGAACUAUGACGAGGGCUUUGGCCACACCCAACACAAAGACCGCUGGCUGCAGAGAACCAAUGAGACGCCGGGGUCUAACAGCGCUGAUGUCAUAUAGAGCUCCCUGAUUGCUGACGCGGUGACCAUGACAACACUGAAUCACAGCACUGAAUCACAGCAUCGUUGGAGUCACCUGGGUUAUGUACUCCAUGUACACACUGUAUACACUGAGUCGCUUGACAGUAAUCAGCACCAGAGUCCCACUUUAUGGCCUCAAUUACAGAGAAAUUAUAUGAUGUUUUAUUUCUGAGCCAAGAUCUCUCCUGAUUCUGAUUUCAUCUUUUCUAUUUUAGCAAAAUGAUUCUGAUUUCAUCUUUUCCAUAUCGGCAAAAUGUUGGAAAUGUUGGUAUCUUAGUAGGAUCCCCCAUUAACUGUUGCAAAAGCAGCAGCUACUCUUCCUGGAGUCCACACAAAACAUGACAUAAUACAGAACGUCAAUAGACAAGAACAGCUAAAGGACAGAAGUACAUCAAUUAAAACAUUUGACAUGUGGCUCCAUAUGAAUACACACACUAUCUUGGUCAAUAUCAAUACAUACACACUAUCUGGGUCCAUAUCAAUACACACACUAUCUGGGUCCAUAUCAAUACACACACAAAAUAUCUGGGUCCAUAUCAAUACAUACACACUAUCUGGGUCCAUAUCAAU